AUGCCCUGGAGCUCCCUAGAUGCGCUGAGCUGGGCGCUGGUGCUGCGGCUGCUGGCAUUGCUGCGGCCCCCGGGGCUGGGUGAGGCGUGCACCUGCGCUCCUGCGCACCCCCAGCAGCACGUCUGCCACUCAGCUCUAGUAAUCCGGGCCAAAAUCUCCAGUGAGAAGGUAGUUCCUGCCAGUGAAGACCCUACUGACACUCAAAAAAUGAUCCGGUAUGAAAUCAAACAGAUAAAGAUGUUUAAAGGGUUCGAGAAGGCCAAGGAUGUUCAGUAUGUCUACACACCAUUUGACUCAUCUCUCUGUGGUGUGAAACUAGAAACCAACAGCCAGAAGCAAUAUCUUUUAACUGGCCAGAUUCUCAGUGAUGGAAAAGUCUUCAUCCACCUAUGCAACUACAUUGAGCCCUGGGAGGACCUGUCCUGGGUGCAGAGGGAGAGUCUGAAUCAUCACUACCACCAGAACUGUGGCUGCCAAAUCACCACAUGCUACGCGGUGCCCUGUACCAUCUCAGCCCCCAAUGAGUGUCUCUGGACAGACUGGCUGCUGGAACGGAAGCUCUAUGGGUACCAGGCCCAGCACUAUGUCUGCAUGAAGCAUGUUGAUGGCAUCUGCAGCUGGUACCGGGGCCACCUACACCUCCGAAAGGAGUAUGUUGACAUCAUCCAGCCCUAGUAGGGACCAGUGACCACCACAUCCUUGGAAGAGUCCUGAAGACCAAGCCAGUUCUCUGUGGUACUCUGACCAUCACCACAUGCCAUGUUGCUGCCAGAUGAUAGGAAGUGACAAAUGGGUGGCCUGGCCAGCAUCGUGGCAGUUGUGGGACAUUCGACAGCAUGUGUCCACAUCUCCAGCUUACAACUUAUUAAGGGCUGGGGAAGGUAGUAUGACUUAGCUGCCUUGCCCUUAGUCCCUCUCCCUUGUCUCCUAAGCCUUGGUAGUCUAGUUUAUACCUAUUACUGAAAGUUUUUAUUCUGGCUUUGUUUUCUCUAGUUAGGAAAAUGUAUGUUCCUUUUCUUAGGUAAGGGAGAAGCUGUGAGUGUCGU